GUAUUGUCCUAGCUAGCAUCAGUUGCUAAUCCGGUAUCUACUGUUUACCUGACGCCUGUACAGCAGGAGGCUCGGAAAAACUCUAUUUCCCCCCUUCCUAUCCUUGAAGCUGUUCCCUUUCCACGGAAUAGUUAUCACUGAGAUGAUAAAUAUAUAAACCAGGCAGUUUAUACUGUCAUUUUCUCUCUAAUUUAAUUAAAACACUAUGAAUUAAUUUCUCUACGCCUUUUUUUUUUAAAGCCGCAGUGACUAGACGAAGCUAAGUGCUUUGUGCUCAGGAUGUGUGCGUCAGUGAAAUACAGCUCUCGCGGUCCGGCUCUCAUCCCUCGCAUGAAGACCAAACACCGGAUCUACUACAUCACUCUGUUCUCGGUGGUGCUGCUGGGUUUAAUCGCCACCGGAAUGUUCCAGUUCUGGCCUCACUCCAUCGAGUCUUCGGCGGAGUGGACGCUGGACCGCCGCAGUGUGCACGAUGCUCCGCUGGUCAAACUGCCCACGUCCAGUCCCAUCCCCGAGAGAGGAGACCUGAGCUGCCGCAUGCACACCUGCUUCGACGUCUACCGCUGUGGCUACAAUCCCAAAAACCGCAUCAAGGUGUACAUCUACCCCCUGCAGAGGUUUGUGGAUGAGGUGGGUGUGCCCAUCAGCAGUAGCGGUCUGUCCCGUGAGUAUAACGAGCUGCUGAGUGCCGUCUCCGACAGCGACUUCUACACCGAUGAUGUCACUCGCGCCUGUCUGUUCAUCCCCUCCAUCGACGUGCUGAACCAGAACUCUCUACGCAUUCGGGAAACCGCUCAGGCCCUCGCCGUGUUACCCAGAUGGGAUAAGGGGAUGAAUCACUUACUGUUCAACAUGUUACCCGGAGGACCUCCGGACUACAACACGGCGCUGGACGUUCCCAGAGACAGAGCUUUGCUAGCUGGAGGCGGUUUCUCGACGUGGACCUACAGACAAGGCUACGAUGUCAGCAUCCCCGUGUACAGCCCCCUGUCAGCUGAAGUGGACCUCCCGGAGAGACAGCCCGGCCCGAGGCGAUACUUCAUCCUGUCGUCUCAGACCGCCGUCCAUCGGGAGUACCGCACAGAGCUGGAGAGGCUGAAGGAGGAGAACGGAGAGUCCAUCCUCCUGCUGGACAAGUGCAGUAACCUCUCUCAGGGCGUGGCCUCGGCCCGGAAACGCUGCUCCAAGGGCCAGACGUACGACUACCCCCAGAUCCUACAGGAAUCGUCGUUCUGCGUGGUGUUACGCGGCGCUCGACUCGGCCAGGCCACUCUCAGCGACGUGCUGCAGGCAGGAUGUGUUCCCGUCGUCAUGGCCGACUCGUACAUCCUUCCCUUCUCUGAGGUGCUGGACUGGAAAAGAGCGUCGGUCGUCAUUCCGGAGGAGAAGCUUCCGGAGAUGUAUAUGAUUUUGAAAAGUAUUCCUCAUAGACAGGUGGAGGAGAUGCAGAGACAGGCUCGCUGGUUCUGGGACGCGUACUUCAGCUCCAUGAAGGCCAUCGGCUUGACCACGCUGCAGAUCAUCAACGAUCGCAUUUACCCCUACGCAGCACGCACGUACGAGCAGUGGAACAACCCUCCGGUCGUGAAGUGGUCCAGCGUGAACAGUCCGCUCUUCCUCCCGCUGAUUCCUCCACGGUCCCCGGGAUUCACCGCCGUGGUUCUGACCUACGACCGGGUCGAGAGUCUCUUCAGGGUCAUCACAGAGAUCUCCAAAGUGCCGAGUCUGGCCAAGCUGCUGGUGGUCUGGAACAACCAGAACAAGAGUCCACCUGAAGAAUCUCUUUGGCCCAAAAUCACCGUUCCUCUCAAAGUGGUGCGCACCAAAGAAAACAAACUCAGCAAUCGCUUCUUUCCCUUCGACGAGAUCGAGACCGAGGCGGUGCUGGCCAUUGAUGAUGACAUCAUCAUGCUGACCUCUGACGAGCUGCAGUUUGGAUACGAAGUGUGGCGGGAAUUCCCGGACAGGCUGGUGGGAUAUCCCGGUCGACUCCAUUUAUGGGACCAUGAGAUGGGGAAGUGGAAGUACGAGUCAGAGUGGACUAACGAGGUGUCGAUGGUGUUGACCGGAGCCGCGUUUUAUCACAAGUACUUCAAUUAUCUGUACACGUACAAGAUGCCGGGAGACAUUAAGAACUGGGUGGACGCUCAUAUGAACUGCGAGGAUAUCGCCAUGAACUUCCUGGUGGCCAACAUCACGGGGAAAGCUCCUAUAAAGGUGACGCCGCGUAAGAAGUUCAAGUGCCCCGAGUGCACGGCGAUAGACGGGCUGUCGUUGGACCAGACGCACAUGGUGGAGAGGUCUGAGUGCAUAAACAAAUUCGCGUCUGUAUUCGGCACCAUGCCUCUGAAGGUCGUGGAACACCGUGCUGAUCCCGUUUUAUACAAGGAUGACUUCCCGGAGAAGCUCAAGAGUUUUCCCAACAUCGGGAGUUUAUGACCGAGUCCCGCUCCUGUUCUUUACGAGACCUCCGUCUCGUAAAAAAAAAAAAAAACACAUCACAGAAUGCUCUAGGACUCAUCGAUGUCGUUUAACUUUUAAAGAUAAGAGCGCAUAAGGGGAAUCGUCCUGUUGCUGUAUCUACACGUGUUCUUUUAUCCAGAUGGAUCACCAGGAACUUGGAAAGAAGAACCAACAACUGGAACGUCACAGAGCAGAUUGUGUCUGUCGAUAACACUGAAAAUUCGGGUCCACUGAAAAACAAUGUUUGACCUUGAGAAGCCCAAAUCGUGUCUUUUUAUAUGUUUUUAUAGAAAACGAGGGUUGGAUUGGAGAGUCUCAGAGCAGUGUCAGUAUAUUAAACUUGCCGGAGCUCUCGGUGGUCCGAAUUUA